UGCAGCACUGAGUCUGCGCAGUAGAGGAGUAGCGUUUGAGCUAAAAACGAAGCUCGCGCCAGAGUAUCUCUCUUUCAAGUAUUCGCCUCCGAAUAAUUUAAACCUACUUCGGUAUAAUGGCCAAAGAUAACACCGUUCUCGCGGGUGGCGUGCGAUCCUAAGAAAGAGCAGAAUGCGGCCGUGCCCCACCUUCCUGCUGGUGCUGCUGCGCUGGGUGCGUUUGCGCAUGUGCGCCAGACGGUGGCGCUACAACAAUGGCAACAACAGUAGACUACCGCUGUGUGUGAGACAGAGAUGGGCCUACCUCAAACUGAUGGUUAACUCCCUCUAUUACAACUCCCUCACCAACUCUGAUGUCGUCAUGGACUCACUGAUGGAACCCAUCUUCUGGAUGGUGGAUCUACUCACCCGCUGGUUCGGGGCAGUGUUUGUCUGUCUGGUGGUGAUACUGACCAGUUCUAUCCUGCUGAUAGCCUACGUGGGUCUGCUGCCCCUGAUUCUCAACACCUACUCUCCACCCUGGAUAGUCUGGCACAUCGGUUAUGGACACUGGAACCUCAUCAUGAUUGUCUUCCACUACUAUAAAGCCACCAAGACCGCCCCAGGAUACCCCCCUACGGUAAAGAAUGACAUUCCGUUUGUGUCCGUGUGUAAGAAGUGUAUCAUCCCCAAACCAGCCAGGACUCACCACUGUGGCAUCUGCAACACGUGCAUUCUGAAAAUGGAUCAUCAUUGUCCGUGGCUGAAUAACUGUGUUGGCCAUUUUAACCAGCGCUACUUCUUCUGCUUCUGUCUCUCCAUGACCCUGGGCUGUGUCUACUGCAGCAUCAGUGGCCGUAACCUCUUCCUAGAUGCUUAUAGUGCUAUAGAGCGCUUCAAACACAUGGACUUGGAUAAAUCAGGUGUCCCGGUGACAGGGAUGGGGCAACUCAUAGGAAUCUUACCUCCUGGGCAGAGCACCUACCAGACCCCUCCUCCUCCCUACACGUUCAGAGACAAGAUGUUCCACAAGAGUAUCAUCUACAUGUGGGUAUUAACUAGCACGGUGGCCGUAGCUCUGGGGGGGCUGACUAUCUGGCACGCAGUGCUGAUAUCCCGAGGAGAGACCAGCAUAGAGAGACACAUCAACAACAAGGAGGCCGAACGCAUGGCCAAACAUGGCAAGGUGUACAAGAACCCCUUUAACUAUGGCAGACUAAACAACUGGAAAGUCUUCUUUGGUGUGGAGAAAAGAAGUCAUUGGCUGACGCGAGUCCUCCUGCCCUCUGGACAUGCCCCCUAUGGGAACGGCCUGACCUGGGACAUCUAUCCAAUCAGAAAAGACAUGAUCCCCGUCUGAGCCAAAUAGAAAAUAACUGACUUGAGACAUCUACCCAAUGAAGAAAUACCUGAUGGCUGUCUGACCCCUGACCCCACAGACUCUGUCUACAGAGAAAACUACAUCUCCCUGUGGCCCCUGCUCCCUACAGGUGCUAAAGACCGAUGACCAGGUUCUAUAGACGAGAAGUGGAGUUCUGAGCUGGAGAGUGAAUACUCAGAGGACUACAGGGAUGGCCAGCAGGGAAGAGAUGGGGAAUGUUUGCAGCGCCCAAGUGAAACAAACCUGGUCAUUUCCAUGUAAAAGGACCCAUGAGCACCAAUGUAAAGUUCGUAGGAGCAUGUCAAAUUGGGUAUCAAAUGAAAGCUAAGAGUCAAUAUUUUUUAGAAAUUAAUGCAUAUAUACAGUUGAAGUCGGAAGUUUACAUACACUUAGGUUGGAGUCAUUAACUUGUUUUUCAACCACUCCACACUUCUUGUUAACAAACUAUAGUUUUGGCAAGUCGGUUAGUACAUCUACUUUGUGCAUGACACAAGUAACAAUUGUUUACAGACAGAUUAUUUCACUUAUAAUUCACUGUAUCACAAUUCCAGUGGGUCAGAAGUUUACAUACACUAAGUUGAUUGUACCUUUAAACAGCUUGGGAAAUUCCAGAAAAUGAUGUCAUGGCUUUAGAAGCUUCUGAUAGGCUAAUUGACAUCAUUUGAGUCAUUUGGAGGUGUACCUGUGGAUUUAUUUCAAGGCCUACCUUCAAACUCAGUGUCUCUUUGCUUGACAUCAUGGGAAAAUCAAGACCUCAGAAAAAGAUUGUAGACCUCCACAAGUCUGGUUCAUCCUUGGGAGCAAUUUCCAAACGCCUGAAGGUACCACAUUCAUCUGUACAAACAAUAGUAUGCAAGUAUAAACACUGUGGGACCACGCAGCCGUCAUGCCGCUCAGGAAGGAAACGCGUUCCGUGUCCUAGAGAUGAACGUAAUUUUGGUGCGAAAUGUGAAAAUCAAUCCCAGAACAACAGCAAAGGACCUUGUGAAGAUGCUGGAGGAAACGGGUACAAAAUUAUCUAUAUCCACAGUAAAACGAGUCCUAUAUCGACAUAACCUGAAAGGCCGCUCAGCAAGGAAGAAGCCACCGCUCUAAAACCGCCAUAAAAAAGACAGACUACGGUUUGCAACUGCACAUGGGUACAAAGAUCGUACUUAAAAAAAAUAAUGUCCUCUGAUGAAACAAAAAUAGAACUGUUUGGCCAUAAUGACCAUUGUUAUGCUUGGAGGAAAAAGGGGGAGGCUUGCAAGCCGAAGAACACCAUCCCAAAUGUGAAGCACGGGGAUGGCAGCAUCAUGUUGUGGCGGUGCUUUGCUGCAGGAGGGACUGGUGCACUUCACAAAAUAGAUGGCAUCAUGAGGGAGGAAAAGGAUGUGGAUAUAUUGAAGCAACAUUUAAAGACAUCAGUCAGGAAGUUAAAGCUUGGUCGCAAAUGGGUCUUCCAAAUGGACGAUGACCCCAAGUAUACGUCCAAAGUUGUGGCAAAAUGGCUUAAGGACAACAAAGUCAAGGUAUUGGGAGUGGCCAUCACAAAGCCCUGACCUCAAUCCCAUAGAAAAUUUGUGGGAAGAACUGAAAAAGCGUGUGCGAGCAAGGAGGCCUACAAACCUGACUCAGUUACACCAGCUCUGUCAGGAGGAAAGGAAAAUUCACCCAACUUGUUUUGGGGGGGCUUGUGGAAGGCUACCUGAAACGCUUGACCCAAGUUAAACAAUUUAAAGGCAAUGCUACCAAAUACUAAUUGAGUGUAUGUAAACUUCUGACCAACUGGAAAUGUGAUGAAAGAAAUAAAAGCUGAAAUAAAUCAUUCUCUCUACUAUUAUUCUGACAUUUCACAUUCUUAAAAUAAAGUGGUGAUCCUAACUGACUUAAGACAGGGACUUUUUAUUAGGAUGAAAUGUCAGGAAUUGUGAAAAACGGAGUUUAAAUAUAUUUGGCUACGGUGUAUGUAAACUUCCGACUGUAAAUGUUUAAAUGAUUUUACAUCCUAAAAAUGUGGAAUAGGCAAACGCUUUGAUUUCUUGUCAAACAGAUAGAAAAGGAGUCUUAGAAGACAUCUACCAGGAAAAAGUCUUAAAAUGUAUUAGAAAUAUAUCAAAAAGACAAUACUAUUGAAGAAAAGACCCCUGCCAACUAAUGGCAACACAUUUUAGCUUAGGAUAACUUGUUCUGCCUUCUGUAAGUUUUAAGAAACAUUGCCUUUUGCCUUGAAAUUCCGUUAGCAAAAACCCACAUAUCUUUAAGAUAUUUUAAAAUGUUCUCCUUUACUUGUUACUCCUUCCAGAAGUAACAAGUAAAAGAACUAUCAAUUAGUGAUAUUGUUUUUACUUUAUGAAUUAUGGUAUUAAAACUUUUAAUUCUGUUACCAAAUUGGUAACAGAAUUUCUGCAAUUGAAUUGGCUACAAUGGGAAAUCAUAGUAUUCACAUACCACAGUUGUCACCUGCUACUGUCCUCCCUUCCACUGGCAUACUGUUAUGUUCAGCUUAUAACUGUUUUAUUUCGUUCUAGAGGCCAAAGUCACUAGACAGAAAUUAAUUGUAACCUCUUAACGGCUUUUAUUGACACCUACCCAUGAGUCCUCUCUUUCAUUUACUGAAACCAGCCUCCUCAUCCACUGAGCAUCGGAUGUCCAUGGACGUAAAAAGUAGUUAAAAUUUGGUUCAAUCUGCCCUGGCCUUGAUUUCAUUGCCCACAGAUGUUUUUUGGUCCGGAGCAGCCUUGGUUUCAACAUCCACAAACGUCUGGACCGGCCUUCAUUUGACCCAAACAUAGUGUUUCACAAGUUUGAACAGUACACUACAGUAGAGUAUUGUUCAGUACAUUACAGCACCGUAGGUGGAGUACAGUAAAGUAUACAUCACCAGUCAAGUUUGGACACACCUACCCUUUGUAAAAUAAUAGUGAAGACAUCAAAACUUUGAAAUGACACAUAUGGAACCAUGUAGUAACCAGGUGUUAAACAAAUCAAAAUAUAUUUGCCUUGACAGCUUUGCACACUCUUGGCAUUCUAUCAACCAGCUUCAUGAGGUAGUCACCUGGAAUGCCAGCAGCAUACCACCCUGCAUACCACUACUGGCUUGCUUCUGAAGCUAAGCAGGGUUGGUCCUGGUCAGGCCCUGGAUGGGAGACCAGAUGCUGCUGGAAGUGGUGUUGGAGGGCCAGUAGGAGGCACUCUUUCCUCUGGUCUAAAAAAUAUCCCAAUGCCCCAGGGCAGUGAUUGGGGACACUGCCCUGUGUAGGGUGCCGUCUUUCGGAUGGGACGUUAAACGGGUGUCCUGACUCUCUGAGGUCAUUAAAGAUCCCAUGGCACUUAUCGUAAGAGUAGGGGUGUUAACCCCGGUGUCCUGGCUAAAUUCCCAAUCUGGCCCUCAAACCAUCAUGGUCACCUAAUAAUCCCCAGUUUACAAUUGGCUCAUUCAUCCCCAUCCUCUCCCCUGUAACUAUUCCCCAGGUCGUUGCUGCAAAUGAGAACGUGUUCUCAGUCAACUUACCUGGUAAAAUAACGGUAAAAAAAAAAAAAAAAAAUUGCAUUUCAAUUAAAAGUUGUGCCUUGUUAAAUUGUGGAAUUUCUUUCCUUAGUGCGUUUGAGCAAAUUAGUUGUGUUGUGACAAGAUAACCCUAUUUGGUAAAAGACAAAGUCCAUAUUAGAAGUGACAGUCCAUCAUUACUUUACGUCAUGAAGUCCAGUCAAUCUGGAAAAUUUCAAGAAUUUGAAAGUUUCUUCAAGUGCAGUUGCAAAAACCAUCAAGCGAUAUGAUGAAACUGGCUGUCAUGAGGACCGCCACAGGAAGGAAGACGCAGGGUUAUCUCUGCUGCAGAGGAUAAGUUCAUUAGAAUAACUGCACCUCAGAUUGCAGCCCAAAUAAAUGCUUCACAGAGCUGAAGUAACAGACACGUACGUCUAACAUCAACUGUUCAGAGUAGACUGCAUGAAUCAGACAUUCAUGGUCGAACCACUACUAAAGGACACUAAUGAGAAGAAGAGACUUGCUUGGACCAAGAAACACGAGCAAUGGACAUUAGACCGGUGGAUAUCUGUCCUUUGGUCUGAUGAAUCCAAAUAUGUGAUUUUUUUUUUUUCAGUGAUAUGCCAUCCCAUCUGGUUUUGACUUUGUGGGACUAUCAUUUGUUUUUCAACAGGACAAUGACCCAAAACACACCUCCAGGCUGUGUAAGGUUUAUUUGACCAAGGAGAGUGAUGGAGUGCUGCAUCAGAUGACCUGGCCUCCACAAUCACACGACCACAACCCAAUUGAGAUGGUUUGGGAUGAGUUGGACCACAGAGUGAAGGAAAAGCAGCCAACAAGUGCUCAGCAUCUGUGGCAACUCAAGAAAGGAAAAGCAGAGUGCCAAGAGUGUGCAAAGCUGUCAUCAAGGCAAAGAGUUGCUGCUUUGAAGAAUCUAAAAUAUUACAUGAUUCCAUAGGUGUUAUUUCAUAGUUUUGAUGUCUUCACUAUUGUAGUAAAAAAUAAAAUAAAAACCCUUGAAUGAGUAGGUGUGUCCAAAUUUUUGACUGGUACUGUAGUUCAGUACAGUGAAGAAAAGUAGAGUUCAGAACAAUACACAGUAGAGCACACAAGUUGAGUACACUAAUGUACUGUACUGAAUUAUAAUGUACUGAACUACACUACUGUUCAAAGGUUUGGGGUCACUUAGAAAUGUCCUUGUUUUUUAAAGAAAAGCAAAACAUUUUUGGUCCAUUAAAAUAACAAAUUGAUCAGAAAUACAGUGUAGACAUUGUUAAUGUUGUAAAUGACUAUUGUAGCUGGAAACAGCUGAUUUUUAAUGGAUAUCUACAUAGGUGUACAGAGGCCCAUUAUCAGCAACAAUCACUCCUGUGUUUCAAUGGCACGUUAAUCCAAGUUUAUCAUUUUAAAAGAUUGAUUGAUCAUUAGAAAACCCUUUUGCAAUUAUGUUAACACAGCUGAAAACUGUUAUGCUGAUUAUAGAAGCGAUAAAACUUUGGUCUUGUUUGGUGGCAUAGCUCAUUAAAAUAAUAGCUAGUGUGUAGAAUAAUACCCAAGUAUGCAAAGAAUGAUAUUGCAUAUUUCUACCUUUUGGUCUAACUAUUUAGGAUACAUCACAAUGAACAGAAUUACAUUCAUAUCCAUCAUUUUGCAUUUCUGUGUAGUACAGAUCAGGGACCCAUGAUACAAUUCUGUUACCAGGUGAAAAUCCACUUAACUUACUGUAAUUCAAAACUCAAGCUGUUAUCAUAGCUGACACCACAUUCUUUCUGCAGACAUCAUUGAAUCUUAAUUCAGAGCAGAUAUUUCAACGUUUUUGAAAAUGUGGUCAUGGAAAAAACUGAGGGAGAUUUUAAUGAAAUUAUGUUACCGAAAUGUGCACCUGCACAGUUCUUCCAGUAAAUGUGUUUUUGUAAAAUGUUCAGUGUAAAUUGUUGAAAGUUGUCGUUGUGCAUAGAUGUGUUUGGUUUGUUAAACUUUGGAAUCAAUGUUUUUUGUUUGGCAUAGAUUUUAAGUGUAAAAUCUGACUCAGUUUACCGUGGAAUUACCCCCCUACAAAAUGUUUCAAACCUGGUCCUCUUAAAAAAAAAAUAAAGGAUAGCCGCACACUCUAGGAGCUCAGAUGCAAAAAAUAUUGUUGUCCAACGUUUCGACAAACAAGCUGUCUUCAUUCGGGUAUAAUGACAAACACUGCGGGAUGACUCAUUUAUAUAGUGUCAAAAGACACACGUGUCUGUAAUCAUGGCUGGGUGUAACCUGAUAUCAUUGGUUAAUUCUCAUAUAUUAAAAUGGCAUUAAAAAAUGGUAGCGUACGAUCAUAAAUACAAUUUGGCUACAAACAUUUAUAAUAGCAAAAUCACAAGAAUGGCUUCAGAUCAAAGUCUAUGUUGAGACCGAAGGCAGCAAGGGUCUUUAAAUUAAAGAUCAAAGCAGCCUCUCGUUUUAACAAUAAAUUGACGAGGUCACCCCCUCCUAGGUAGGGUGACUUGUUCGAUUCCAAUAUAACGUAUAGACAAAAUCGAGUGGUUUUAUUCCAAAAAGUGGGCCGCAACCGGGUAAAUCGAGUUGUUGCACCUAAUGGUGCUACGAUGCUCCGAGAUACGUACUUUUAAUUCGCGCUUUGAAUUACCCACAUCAUUUUCGCCUCAAAGACAAGUUAUACGAUAAAUAACUGCCCUAGUGGAGCACAUGAUAACAUCUUUGAUUGGGAUCUGUUUCCGUUUGGGGGUGUUUGAAGGAUCUACAUUUAUAAGUGCCAUUGCAUUGAGCACAGCCAUUACACGUUAUGCAGGGAUAUCUUGGGGUGGUAAAUCAGAGUUUACCAGUUGAUCUCUGAGGUUUCUGCCCCGUGAGAAUACGACCAAGGGAAGGUCUGAAAACACAUCACCGAUACUAUCAUCGGAUCUUAGAAUGUGCCAAUGUUUGUGAACGAUUCCCUUAAUUUGUUCAGAGCACUUUGAAUAGCGGGUAGUUAGAACGCAAGAAUGCUAAUUUUUACGAUUUUUACCUUGAAAAAGGUAAUGUCUCGUUUUUGUUUUGAAUUUUCUCAAUGGCAAUAUUAAUCGGACCAUUUUUGUAACCCCUCUCCUUGAAUUUUCUUUGCGUCUCAGUCAUAUUUCUGUCUGGGUUUUUUUUACAAAUUAUUUUCAUUCGACAGAAUUGUAAAGGACACCAGCAGUAUGAUCUCUUAUUGAAUCUCUUGAUCCUCUCCCAGAUAAUACUUUGUUAGUUACUUUUGAUGUUGUCGUUAUACACAAAUAUUCCACAAGAGGGCAGUAUUGAAGCUAUGGAACAUUUUCUUCUGUAACGUGACCAUAAUGAACAACAUUCCAGUGCAUGCAUUAUAAAGUUGGCUGAAAUAGUACUCACACACAA